UAGAGACCGCAUCGGCAGCUCCUAGCAGGAUGUCUCGGUAGUAUCGGUCGAUCUUUUGCCCCUGUGUCCGCGCGAUUUCCUGUGUGUUUUGGUGCGGAGCCGCUUUAGCGAAGCCAAGAUGUCUGGGAUAGCGUCGGGACUCACGACAAAGGGCAGCAGCCGACUGAAAAAGAAGCACUUCAAGCCUAAACAUCAGAAGGCAAAACUCUUCCGAGCCAACGAGCCGCUGCUCAGUGUUUUUAUGUGGGGUGUCAACCACACCAUUAAUGGCCUCACGCAUGUCAACGUUCCGGUCAUGCUUAUGCCCGACGACUUCAAGGCCUUCACCAAAAUUAAGGUGGACAACCACCACUUCAACAAGGAGAACAUGCCAAGCCAUUUCAAGGUUAAGGAGUACUGCCCAUUGGUCUUCCGAAACUUAAGAGAAAGGUUUGGCAUCGAUGAUUCUGUUUUCAUGAACUCCAUUACCAAGUCACAGCCAAUAGCAGUGGAGUCGACUGGACGCAGUGGCUCCAAGUUCUAUCAGUCCUACGAUCGCCUUUUCAUCAUCAAGACCCUGCUCAGUGAGGAAGUGGAACAGAUGCACGUCCUUCUCAAAGAAUACCACCCGUAUGUGGUGGAGAGGCACGGGAAGACGCUGCUACCGCAGUAUCUGGGAAUGUACCGGCUCACUGUUGAAGGAGCGGAGACCUACCUCGUUGUAAUUCGCAACAUCUUCAGCAGCCACUUGAACGUCCACGUCAAGUAUGACCUUAAGGGAUACCUGAGUGCUAAGCCUCGCCCGUUGUUAAAGCACAGGUCGUCAUCUGGCCUUAUCCAGGGUUCUACAGUGGACAGGGAAGCAAGUGAAAAAGAAAGGGAAAAGGACAUUCCCACAUUGAAAGACAAUGACCUCGUCAAAGAUGGCACCAAAGUACAUAUUGGUGUCGACGCCAAGGAACGGUUCUUGGAGCUUCUUACAGCUGACGUCAAUUUCCUGGCCCAGAUGAACGUGAUGGACUACUCGCUCUGCCUUGGCAUCCAUGACGUGGAGCGGGCGGAGCAGGAAGCCCUCGAACGGGAGCGGGUCGAAGCGCUCAUGGAGGAAGCUGACAAUGGCACAGGUGGCAGCGAUGCCCUGCCCCAGUCCGAGGAGGACGAGGACUCCGCAGGAUCGGGGCUGGCCGACGCUGUACCUACUCCACCUGACUCGCCAGGAGGACGCUUUCGCAAUGAGCUGGGCAUUUCGAAUGGGCUUUUCAACUCGGCGAGGGACAUCUAUGCCAUUUGCAGUCUUGACGGUGCUGGAAAGAAAGAAGUGUACUUCAUGGCUCUAGUGGACGUGCUCACACAUUACGGUGUGAAGAAACGCACUGCGCAAGCAGCAAAGACAAUGAAGCACGGCGCAGGGGCAGAAAUCUCGACGGUGCAUCCGGAGCAGUACGCCAAGCGCUUUCUCGACUUCAUCUCCAAAGCGAUAGACUAGUGCACCUGUGGGCAGUGGUGUUGUGCUGUGUGCAUGUGUGUAAGCUCUUUUCUGGAGGGUGAAAAAAAAGGGGAAGUACUUCGUUUCCAUUGCGAGGAACCGACUCGUAAUCACCGUGAAUUUGUUUUUCACCUCGCCUUGAUGGCUGCCUAUGAUAUGUAUAUUAUUUUGUUCGUCUCGAUUGUGUAAAACCUUGGGCAUUCUGCAUGGCGCCCUCUCUUUUUUUUUUUUCUCAAUGUGCCCCUCGACCUGACUGCUUGUGAGGCGGUGUAUACCACAGGAGUGCUGCGGGUGCACGGGCAGAGCUCUUCUUUGUUUUGCAAAACCCUAGUUUCCUGAGAGCUCAAAGCUUCCGGGAACCAACAGCGACCGUAGUGUUUGUGGCAGUACCCCGUGCUGUGAUUUUUUGCCCCUUUUCUCUCCCUGCUUUCCUUCUUGCCCACGGAAUCUGCUUCGCAACAAGCACUACGUCUUUGCUCGCCAUUUUGUAGAGGUUGCGCACUAGUAGGUCGCUGCGUUAGCGUUACUGGUGCAAAACUGUUCAACGAACUAAACGGCAAACUGCUACUGACAGUGUUCCAGUGCAUGGCACUUGUUCCAUUCUGGUGCCACUGUUUGUCACCAGAAAUUUACCGUAGUCACUUUCCCGGCACCCUGUAAUGCUUGCUGAACUGCUUUUUAGAUUCGCAUCGGUAGCUUAGGAUAAUAUAAGUAUGUGUCUGUACAAAAUGCUUUCCGCGGGCUGUCUUCGAUCAGACUGCACUGUACUUGCGGGUGCAAGGGAGCCGUAGAUCUGUUGAUGGCAUCGCAGCUUCAUCACAGGUGUCUUGGCUUAUGUCUUUCCAUGCACUGCUUUGGCAGGAUGUUCUUGAAUGGGGCUGAAGCGGGAUUGUCUGGCACUGCUUGCUUGCAAUGCAGCAGCUAUGCUAUUUGAGGAGCUUGUCUUGCACGCGGCAGGCUUAAGGUCAUGGAUGUGUGCAAGUGUGGCCAAGGGCGGUGCAAAGAUCGUUUAUGUGGUGAACGCCAACCGAUUUCUGCAGUUUAUUGUCUCUGUGUCGAGGUGUUUAGCGAGCUGAUGCAUGUGAUCAUUGCUGUGCUUCUUUUUGUCUAACUUUCUCUCGUACUGCAAGUGUGAAUGGUCAUUUGUGUGGUACGUUGUGCACAUUGACUGAACUGUCUUGCUGUCUCGUUUUUAUUAAUCAUUGCUGAGCUGGAGACCUUGAGUGCUUCUGCUCAUGCUGUUUCGAAGAUAGCAAAAGCUCAAGACAUGCUCAGACUUGUAGCAGUGAAUGUCCUUGUUUCAGCCUAAGCUCUUAUUUAAUGCCUGCAGACAUAAAUGCUGCCCCUUACCUGUUGGUGUAGUCUAGUUCUUACAUUACCACUGUUAAGUUUUUAUUAAUCUGUAAGACUGCUAUGUCAGUUUCUUUUCGGAGAGUGUGAAAGGUGUUGGAAGGACCUUCACGCAGACGCAGGUUCAGUAUUGCUUCUGUGUCUGAUACACAGUAUAUAUGGGAAUUUUGUAUGUCUGAUAGCUGUGCAAGGUUAAUUAUUCGUCUUUUAGAGCCAUACUGGCACCUCCUUUUUCUCAAGCUUUAUGCAUCACCUUUCUAGCGAGAUUGAGAAGUGAACAACACGCUUACUGCUAAUGUGUCAUGUGUUCGUGUUGUCCGUCUGUGUGCAUGCAUUGUGCAACACUAGUGAAUCGUGUGGUACAGUUCUUUUUCUCUAUCUCCCAAACUACACAACUAGUCCUAAUUCCUGACCAAUCACAAUCGCACUGUCAUUGAUGCCAUGUCGUUUAUGUCAUGUGACUCCCCCGAGCUGCUUCCGUGCUUUGUCGCAUCGGGAGCACUGCUGUGCCGCUCCUGCAACAAAACUUUUAUGCCACCUUUCUCGAGCUGCCGACAAAUGUCUCUUAUUUGUCUGGACAGUCCAGUCAUAUUGCAGUGGAUACGAAGAACCUGGAUUUCGCGAAUUCUCGUGCGCGGGUGUUGGCGUUGUGGACAGUCAAGCUUCCUCUUGCGCAGAAUGUCGACAAUAGGAAGGGUACUGUAAGUAGACAAAGAUUAAUAAUACUCAGUGCUAUGUUACGUGUAUAUCAUACUGCCAGUGUUAUCCCGCGUGACACUGCUCUCAACUGCAUUACUCACGGAAGUCCCUAGUAACACUCUCCGUAAGCUUUGUUUUAGCGUUUCCGUGCGUGCCGUCGUGUAUCUAGCAGUGCAAUUUCUGUUUGCCCGUGUCCUCUCAAAGAGUUCGCUGCCGAGCUUCCCUAAAACAUGUGUUUUGAAUGUCGAGCGUAAAACUUUGUCGAACAAAGCGAGUUGUAUCAUCAAGUAGGACAGUCGUCGUGCAGCAGUGAUCUGCGUACGAAUAAAUGCAAGCAAAACUGUGUGUGUAUGUACACCCAUGUACAAGAGAAAUUGGGAUGCUUCGGCUUCAAAAGUUGGUGUUGCGGAGUGGAGACGUUCGAGUUUGUGGCAAAAAAGAAGAAACAGAAUGGCCCUAGCGUUUACGGAGGUUGUGAUCUUCUUCAAAACAUGUUUGGUCUUUCUUUCCUCAUUGCUAUGCAUCAGGGCUCAAAUUGAAAACAAAUGCAUCAAAUGCUGACAGGCGCAAACCAUUGAUGACAGCAUUCCGUGUGGUGCACCAAGCCUGCUUUGUAAUCUGCUCUGGAAACUUGCACACCGGUUGUGCAUGUAUGCAGGCACUCAACGUGUGGCCUGUGAUGUGCUACAUGUUGGCAAAAAUUGGUGUCUUUGGUGUCUUGUGGUAGUGUGCUAAUCUGUAGUUGCUUCCAAGUAGUAAGCAUUGCGUAGUGGUUUGGAGCGUAAAAAUGUUCCGAAUCAACUAGGUCACUGGUGUCCUAGUUUACCUUUGCCACUGGGACAGGAGGAGGAAAAGCUGCAUUGCUUUCAUGCUGCAACGUUGCCAUACCUGAAACAAAGGGGCAGCCUCACAAAGACCCCUCACUUGUGUAUUAUUUUCGUGUACAUAUGUUUAUUUCUAUGACACUUGAAUAAAUUUUUAGAGAUACAAAG